AUGCAUUUCACAGCGGAGCAACGACCGCGGCUCUUUGCACAAAUUAAUGACCGUCAAAGAGAACAGAUCCGCAGCAGGAUGCUCCAGAAAGCGCAACGCGUCCACAUCCGCGCGGUGAACAACACCGGGACGUCGCGGAAAUAAGAGGAGGAAAAAAAGUUCAAUUUGGAUUCAGCAGCCAAAGUUUGACGUAAUUCUCUCCCGGACACCAGGAAUAGUCUGGAGUGUCAUCAUGGAAGUAUUUCCUAAGGAAAAACAAGGGAUUCUCCCUGAGCUUGGAGGUAAUCUGUGAAUGUGAAAGUUGGGGGGGAAAAACCCUUUUACAGGCUUCUUCUCUGAGGUUUUCCAGAUGUCUCCUCUGAUGCAGACAGCGGCUUCUUUCUGAAACACGCUCGGAGGAAAGAGGCGCAUUUCGUCGUUUGUGCUGGAGUUUAAACAGCUGGAUCGUCCCGUGGACAUAAACGGGGACUGCGGGGACUUUUCUUUGAUUUUUAAAACCCUCACGCUGGAUGUGAAGACUCGGUAGCGUUUGGGGAUGUGCAUGGACACGUAGGAGGCGAAAUGAAGAAGCAGUUUUAGUACCGAAGAGUCAGGCGUUGUGAUGGUAAUGUUGUUUGGGUGAAGUCGUCGGAAACUCACAAGGGAAGCCCAAUGAGUGGCACACAGUCAACACUCACUGACAGGACUCUUCAGUCGCUCUCCCUUAAAAAUGAGUUCGACCCUACAGGUCUGGUUCAGCGCUGUGUGAUAAUCCAGAGAGAUGAAAAUGGCUUUGGGCUGACAGUAAGUGGAGACAAUCCUGUGUUUGUGCAGCUGGUCAAAGAAGAUGGAGCUGCAAUGCGAGCUGGUGUCCAGACAGGAGACAGGAUCAUUAAGGUUAACGGGACCUUAGUUACACAUUCAAACCACCUUGAGGUUGUAAAGUUGAUAAAAUCGGGCUCCUAUGUAGCCCUGACAGUGCUGGGGAGGCCUCCAGGGCUUCCUCAGAUCCCCCUAGAAGAGGAGAAGGAAGGACAAGAGGAAAAUGGAGAUAUCAGCACACCAUCCACUCUCUCAGCACCCCACUCACCUGCACUGUCAGGUGGGGAGCAAUGCAGUCCCUUGACCAGCAGCACGCCCUGCAACCCCCAGGACAACACCACAUCCUCCUCUCUGUCUGAUGGGGAAGGAGCCACGGCGUCCUGGAAUGGUGAGUCUGAGGAUGGAGACAGCGGGUCGCCUCUGAAGGAACAGACAUCACCCGCGCGGUGUGGCAAUGGGCCCUCGAUCAAUAACAACUCAGUGCACAGCAGCCCCGUCUCUGACAGCCUUGGAAGCAGAGAGACGCCCUGUCAGAGCCCGGACAUCAGUCACAGGGACGGCCUCAGCACCUGCCCGUCGCCAGAUGCUGACGACGCCGCCGACACUGACUCCAGUACCCAGUGCAGUGUUGGUAGCCCUCCUUACCUCGUUAACCCUCAGAUUAUUGGAGCAGAAGAUGACUACUUUGACUCCUCACAAGAACAGAUCAAUGGCGAGUGUAGCUGUUUCCAGAGUAUUGACUCGUUGAAGUCUCGGCCGGCUCACCUUGCAGUCUUCCUCCAUCAUGUGGUCUCACAGUUUGACCCUGCACCCCUGCUGUGUUACCUUUACGGUGAUAUGUACAAGCAAACCAGCUCCAAAGAAAGUCGACGCUUCUUCAUCGAAUUCCACUCACUCUUCAUGGAUCGAACUGCAAAUCUAAAAGUACCAGUGCCAGAGCCAGUGUCAGCUGAACUGGAGAAGCGAAGGCUGGAGUUAAUCCCAGAGGACCUGUGUAAACAGUAUACUCAGGCAUUACAGGAUAUGCUGUUACCAGACCUGCACAAGAACCUGGAAGACUUCAGACAGAAGCGCAGCAUGGGUCUGACGCUGGCUGAAGAUGAGCUCUGCAAGUUGGACUCUGAGCCAGGAAGAGACCAGCAGGCCAUGGAGAAGGAAUGCUCCUGUGCUGAACACAUCCUCUCCAAGAUUGAGGAUAUCCUGUUGACAUCACAGAGCUCAGAAGAGGAGAAGUGCCAAACGAUGCAGUAUGUGAUUCUCACCUACAUGAAGCACCUCGGAGUGAAAGUGAAGGAGCCUCGCGGCCUUGAACACAAACGUGCUCGCAUCAAUUUCCUCCCCAGGAUUAAGUUUCCCAACAUCCUCGGCCCACCUCGGCGUCUGAGCAGAGUGGACUCCACCUCAGUUGGUAAGGCUGUGGAGCUGAACAAGCAACGCCCACCAAAGCUUCCUCAGCCGCCCAUUGGCAUCUCCGAACUGUCAGACUUGUCCGCCUCGAGUUCCGGACAGAUCUGUGCAAAUCACCUAAGCGAGGGAUCAGAUACAAGCACCCAAGUUUUGCCUUCCACCACCACCACUCCUACACACAGCUCCCCCACCACUCAGGUCUCAGAUACCAGCGCACAAGAGUCAGACUCCAAUGUCUCUCCGUUCUGCGUCCAGCCCAGGCCGGGCGACAGUCUGCAGUCUGCUGACAACCAUGACGGUGUCUCCGGUCCAACCAACACUCACUUUGACUUCAGUCCCUCCACUGUGAAGCAGCGGGAGGAAGAUCAGGAGGCCUUCAGUAGGAUUGAGGUACAGUGUGACAUCCAGAGCGAAGACGACCAGGGUGGAGAGGCAGAGUGUGAAGAAGAUCCUCUGAACUGGCAAAGGCUGGUCAGCCGAGGCGUCCUGACGAGCUUAACGCCGCAGGAGAUCAAACGGCAGGAAGUCAUCAAUGAGCUGUUCUACACUGAGCGUGCCCACUUGCGGAUGCUGAAGGUGCUGGACUGUGUUUUCUGCCAGAGGCUGAGCAGAGACGGCAUCCUUCCACCAGAAGACAUCAAACACAUCUUCAUCAACCUGGAGGAAAUCAUUCAGCUGCAUGUCUCCAUAACAGAACAAAUGACAGCAAUCAGGAAGAGGAGCGAGACGUCAGUGAUUGGUCAGAUUGGAGAUGAUCUCCUGGGAUGGUUCAGUGGGGAGGAAGAAGAGAAGUUAAAGAGCGCAGUGGCAACUUUCUGCAGCAACCAGCCGUCUGCACUGGAGCUCAUCAAGACGAGGCAGAAGAAAGACCAGAGGUUCAACUUGUUCAUGCAGGAAGCUCAGAGCAACCGUUUGUGUCGCAGGCUGCAGCUCAAAGACAUCAUCCCUGUAGAAAUGCAGAGAGUGACCAAGUACCCGCUGCUGCUGGAUAACAUUGCCAAGUACACAGAGGACAGCGAAGAAAGGAAAAAGGUGAAGAAAGCUGGAGACUGCUGUAAAAAGAUCCUCAACCAUGUCAACCAAGCUGUCAAAGAGGCUGAAAACAAACAGAGGCUAGAGGAGUAUCAGAGAAGGUUAGACUUCUCGUCUCUCAAACAGAGUGAAAACCCUGUGAUCCUGGAGCUGAAGAAUCUGGACCUCACCAAGAGGAAGAUGGUUCACGAGGGGCCUCUGUCCUGGAAAGUCAAUAAGGAAAAGACAAUUGAGCUGUACACGCUCCUCCUGGAGGACAUCUUGGUUUUACUGCAGAAACAGGAUGAACGCCUGGUCCUCAAGUUUCACGGCAAAAACCUGGCCAGUGUUGUGGACACCAAGCACACCUUCAGCCCCAUCAUCAAACUCAACACGGUCUUAGUUCGCCCUGUCGCAACUGACAACAAGUCUUUCUUCGUUCUGUCCAUGUCCGAAAAUGGGGCUCAAAUCUACGAGCUGACGGCUCAGACGGUGUCCGAUCAGAGAACGUGGCAACGUUUGAUCACACAGUGUGCUGACACCAUGAAGGCCAAACUGCACAGCAGGGACACACCUCCACCUCAGUCCGAUGCUGAGCAGAAUGCGAUUAAUAUCAUCAACAAUGGGAUGCCCAAAGAGAACAAAGACGAGACGCGGAGUGGACAUAUCCAUUCUGCAGAUAUCAGCAUCCCUGAUAAAGAAGCUGCCUCUACCCCAGACAUUCAAGAUCCCCCGGAGAGUCUCAACCCCUUUGAUGGGCUGAGAUCAGAAGACGAAGAAGAGGAGCUGCCAGUGGUAGACAGGCAGGAGGAAGAGGGGAAUGGAGAGGUGGAUGAAGCAGAGCUAGAGGCCUUCCUGGAUGGGCAGCUGGCAGAGAGACUGCUGCAGGAAGGAUCGCGACUUGGCAUUGCCCUUGAAAAUGAGGAGGAGCACAAUGUUUUUGUCCAGCCUUCUUCCAAAGCUGAAGAAGCUCUGAGGACAUUGGCAAUGUUGAAGCAGGCGGUGUUCACGCACAUGUUGAGUAGAGAAGCAGAGGAGGAAACAGAGGAGAACAAGGAGAGUGGAGCCCGUGGGAGUCAGUCAAGUCCCUCUUUGCCUGGGAGCCCCGAGGGGCCCUCCGCUACCUGUGGUGAGAGCCAGGUGUCUGAAAGUUUACAGAAAGAUGACCUCCAGCCUCCAUCUGAAACUGCUGAACGUAAUGGUGGUUUUAUGGUCCUGGAUUUCCCCGGCUCUGAGGAAAGCAGCACUGAUGAUGAUGCUGGAGUUGGAAGUGAUGUCGGGAUUGACAUGAGGAAGCUACUGUCAUCAUCCUCGCAGAUGGGAGGCGGAGGCCCCAACCUCAGUCGGCAGCUCAUGACCCACCUGCGCCUCCUACAGGCCGACCUGCAGUAUCUUAAGGAUAUAGAGAUGAAGUACAACGAACUGCAACAAGUGCACGGCGAUGCAGCUACAGACUCCGAUGACAACAACGAUGGGAUUUAGUGAUGACUUCCUGCUCUCUCGGCUGUAAGGGCCAGGUUUCAUGUUGCUGCAUGGUCACCUUCCUCGACCUUUUACCACUGAAGGAUUAAUAAUGUCUGAUCUCCUGCUUCAAAGGAUGGCGUCGUCAUCGCAAUCCGGAUUACUCCACUCUAACCUCCUUCACCCAGCAGGAGCAGAAGAGACAUAUCAUUGAAUUACUCAUGGAUACUUUUUACUAUUUUAAUAAUAAUCACUGACUGCAUAAAUGAUCUGAAACACUGGAUAUAAUGAAUGGAAAAAGGCUAAACUGACCGUCUGAAUUCACGCAGACAUUCAGCAGAGAACUGCAAAGAGACAGGAUGACUGUGACCAGUACCUGAGGUAGAUUUUCUUGCUCAAAAUUCAAUGUAAAAGCCAACAAUAAAAAAAUAACCUCUAUAUUAUAGAGUAGAUAUAAAAGUGCUCAAUAAAAUGCCAAAAUGGAAAACUAACAUUCAUUCCAACCAUCCUUAACCUUCUCCAGAAGGUGUUCUUUAGCCAGAUUUUGCAUGAAAUUGUAAGCAGACGACAGUCUGGCUGAUUCUGGAUCAAAUGCCUACCAACAACUCUGAAGCUCACAAAUUUAAAACCUGUAUCUUGUUUUUAAAUCAUCUAAAAAUACAAAUAUAAAAAUGAACUUCUGCUCAGCAGUUUUAAUGCUGUGAUUUUUAUACAAAGAGUCAGAGAGACAUGUCAGUAACAAAUGUGUAUUCUCCGACUGGUUGGCGAGUGGUUGCUGGCUGUCGCUGGGUUGAGAUCGGUCAUAAAGAGGAAUGUGGUGCUGCACCAAAAACCUCCCUGCAGUCCCUUUGGUCACUAGCAGAUUGCAUCGGUUGCCUGUAGUUUGCAUGGAAGAUGCCGACUUUUCUGCAAACAUUCGCCAGCUGCUCGCUGAGCAGGAGUCAAACUGUGAAAAGUGUGACGCAGACCAGAAACGCACCUUCAAAUUAAAAGUUGUGCCCUUUUGAAAUGUGCUGGUUGCAGCCAUAAGACACAACUUUUACUUUGAAGGUGAAUUCUACAUUUUUAAGUUUCACUAAUGAGUAGCUAGCGAGUGUUUGCAGACAAAACAGCCUUUUCCAUGCAAACUACAGGAAACCGCGGCAGUCUGCUACUGGCUGAAGCAAUCAUGAGUUUUUGUUGUGUGACCGAUUUUUUUAUGCAGCGACCUCCAGAAACCACUCACCAACCAGUCCUGGAAUAGUGACCAGUGGAUGCAAUGGUGUCGCCAACCGGUCUACUUCUAUUUGAAUUUUAAUUAUUUUAUUUGAAUUUAAGAUAUUAAAGACUCUGUGAGCUUUAGAGUUGGCUAUUGGAUGUUUUUCCUCCCUGCUUUUCAGUCUUAGCCAAGCCAAGCUAAGCUAAGGUAAGCUAGCACACCUGAUGGGUUUGAACUUUACGCACAGAUGUAAAAUUUUUGCUGAUUAACACAAUUUCAGGAAGAACGGGAAGACCAGGAAAACUAGUUAUUCUGAUUUUAGAGCAUUAGAAGAGCUCAAUAUUAAUUUAUUGUAAAUUAGCUUUUAUUGUUGUGUUACAUACUGUAUGUGCAGGUUAGCAAGCGAUACCAGAUACAAACAGACAGUUUGAAGUUCCUCAUUAAUUAGCUCAGUUAAUUGAAUUAGUGCUAAUACUGAAUUUUAAGUAGGUUUAACUUUGACUUUGCAGUCACAGUGCUCUCAGUUUAUGAGGUAAAUUGCAGUUUUUAGAAAACCAGUAAGUAUGAAAUACAUAAUUAAGAUUUGAUUUAUGUGCAUUAAUAUGAACCUCCCCAUGUUAAGGAAAGUUCUCUGAAAAGUGAAAUAUAUUUUUUGAAGCACUUGGUAAAAAGGCUUAUAAGCUACACAAUAUUACUUUGGGGAUCAGCUUAAAAUUUCCAUUAACAAAAUAUCCUGUUUGCAAAGCUGCAGCCUUUUUUACAGAAACUGUGACCGGCCGUGCUCGCUGUUAUUUUUUAAUUAUUUAUUCCUUUUGGGUUAAAAAGCUUUUUUUCUGAUGGCAGGUUAAUUUGACUUUUCAUCUCAAGAAAAAUUAAAGGCUAAUUUCUUGAGAUAAUAAGAUGAUUUAUCACAGAAGCAUUUUUUUUUUUUAGAUUAUGUGAAGAUUAUAGCAAAACUCAGUAGCCCUUACCUUUACUAAUUAGGAAGUUAGAAUUACUGAAGUGGACUGAAAUCUAAAUAUUUGAUUAGAAAUAAGUACACUGUGAAGAAGUGGCAUAGAAAACAAUAGGUUCAUCUGCACUCCUGUGGCUAAUACAGUAUUACUAAUAUAGUAUUACAUGCACAUGUGUAAGAGUUAAAACAUAAUUUUUUAUUACAGCUGUUUCAUGAACUGGUGAAACGAGUAUUUAGACCUUUUAUUUUAGUUUAAAAAAAAAAAAAAGUCCUGCAUAAGAAAUAAAACAGUUUCAGCAUAAAAUAUACUUAAAAUAUAAUAUGUACAUGUUAUAUAUGUAGAAUGACCCUUCUUUGAAUGACAUAUACAUGAUACAGUGUUACUGGAUUAUAAUUAUAGAUUCAUUAAUGUGUAUAUGCAUUAAUGGUUGUACGUCUUGCUGCGUUAAACAGUAUGGAGCCCAAAAUACAAUAUUUGCAGAGAUACUUCAUUACAGUACAAGUCUAUUAAAACUGUACUUGCCUAAAGUACAUACUACUAUCACACGCAUGGCCGUUAUCAGCUUCUGUACUCCUCAACUUAUUGUAUGUUUGCCAGUUAUCAUUGUCUCAGUAUGAUUUUUUUUUUUGUUUUAGCAAACUGCAUAGAAAUGCAAUGUUGUACAGGACUGGACCUAAACAGUAAGAUUUUAAACAACCUGAAGCACUUAAAUGUAGCAAAAAAAAAGAAAUAAUACCCUGAGGUUGCAGCCCAUCAGUUUUCAGUCGGCUUCAGGAUAUCUUUCUAUCAAAUAAACAAAUUAAAAAAAAGUAGAAAGAUUCCCAAAAAAUGCAGAUGGAGAAAAAGCUCUGAAAAUUGAGACUGCUGAUGUUUUCCUGUUUGUGACUGCAGUAUGAGCAUUUCAGACUUUGUGCCCAUGUGAACAAAGUUUUACUGUAAAUCAGAAAUUCAGUGUGUACUUCAGGCCUUUUCCCUCACAGGCAUUAAUAAAAGUGUUCACAGACAGUAAUGUGCUUGCUCGACUAGCCAAAGUGUACAUUGUAGUUUUUCCCAGUUGUUUUGUCCAACUUUGAAUGUUAAUUAAAUCUUUCUGCUACAUGUUUAAUCUAGAAAAGUACAGUCACGAGGCGUCUGCACUUCACUUGGACUGAAAAGAUAUUCACUGGCCACAAGACUGCACCGUGGCUCUGAUUUCUGGACAAAAUAUAUAUAGGCAAAAAUGAUUGUUUUGGACUGCGUUCAUGGUAAAGGCAUAUAUUGUACAAUGACUUUUUCAUGCUUUUACGCACAGCUUUUUUGUUUUUACACCAUAACAUCAUGUAAUGCUUUAACACAAGCUACUUAAGAGGAGCAUUAAUCAAUUUUAUAAAUGUUAUUUUAAAUGUUUUUUUUGUUUUUGUUUUUGUUUUAUUGUUAUUAACUCUGUUAACAUGAUUAUGACACAAGAAGCUCCGUUUUUGUGAAAAACUAAGGAAAAGAUAAAUGGAAAUUUUGUUUCAUUUUAGUUUAUCUUGGUGGGGUUUGAUGGUGUGGGAACAUAGACUGUACAUAAAAAAUGGAACUAAGCUCUGGGCCUGAAAAGUGAAAUCUAUGCAUACGUGCCUUAAACUUGUUUUCUUUCUAAUGGCCAGCAGGGGGCAACACACCUGCUUGCAAAAGGAAGUCUGGUCUGGAAAUGUAGGUGUCUAUAGGGUUUGACUCGUUUUGGGGGGCAGCCUCAAGUGGCCAUUUGAGUAAAAAAUUUAUUUCUAA